CGCAUCUUGAAAGACUUCAAAUACGACCUCAUGGGCAUCUUACACAUGUCAGAAGAUGGUGUCUUGCGUUCGUUGACCGCAGACCGAACGGUGAUCUCUGCCCAAGGACUCACCCCUGAGCAGAUCCAGGCAUUUCAAGAAAGGGUGCCCGAAGAUUGUAGAACGGUUCAUGAUAUUGUGGACGGGUCCAAGACUGAUAAGAGUACAUGGUUUGAGCCAGCUGAGGGCGCACUUGCUCCACCACAGCCACAAGAGCAUUUGAAAACACGAUGAAUAUGCAUGAGGAUCAGAAAGAGGUGUUAAGAGCAAAAAUGAAGGAGGAUUUAAAGUAAGGCUCUGGCCUCUCAAGUGGAACACGUCCUGACGAGUUGCAGCUGGGUCGAUGGGUCGAUGUGUCGGGCUUGCUGAGUCGAUGAUCUGAGAACUCUCCAAAUGCCUUCACGCGACAUAGGGAC